UUCUUGCGCGCGCACGAAUGAAGUCGAGACGAAAUGGGGCGGGUCUUUCCCGCCUCCCCUGAACAACGAGCUUUUGCUCCGCUGGUUGCCAGGUGACGAGAGGAAAGCGCGCGCCCUGGGGAGAAAAAAAUCCCGGGCUUGCGAGGAGGAGGUGCUGCUGUCGCCGCCUUCAGCCGGCCGACGCUGCUCUGCGUGGGGUCUUUUGCUUUUCUCGAAGGCUCCUGAAGAAGGCCACUGCUGAAACACAUCAAGUCUGAGAAUAAAAUCUGCAUUGCCAACAUUUUUAUACAUCUUGAGACUCGGUCUCCAACUUACAACCAGAAUUAGCUAUUGGCUGCUUCAGAUGACGGUCUUCAUUUCUGAGAUGCACCUUUGGUCUUUGAGAAACACUUUACAUGUUGAAGAACAAGACAUUGGGAUCUUUCAUUACUAUGACAAGAAGGAACCAGAGCCACCAAUAAACUUUGGCUACUUCCAUCUGAAGCAGCAAUUUGCAGAAUCUCGAGAUUAUCCUUGGAUACUUAAGAACAAACGUCCGGAAAAGCUGCGAGACACACUUAAGGAGCUGGAGGAACUGAUGCAAAACAGACAGUGUGUACUGAGCAAAUGGAGGAGCAAGUCUAUCUGUCAGCUCCUCUUUCAUUCAGGUGUACUGGUAUCUCUAAGCCUUUCUGGGCCACAGCUGGAGGAAGUGGUGAUUGACAGAACCCUGAUGGGGAAGCUCAUCUCCGACACUAUCAGCGAUGCUGUCCUCACAGACACUUUCAUGAUACUGUCAUUUUGGGAACAAAGCAAACUUUGUUUCAUUCAGUUUACAAAAAAGGCAAAUUCUCCUGAUGUUAAUAAAAAACUUGAAAAGAUCUCAUCCAUGGAUUUUAAGAUAUCCUACAUUGACAUGCCAGUACUUGGAAGUAGAAGACAGAAACAACAUCUGGCAAUAAACAGUGUAGAAGACAGGGUUAUUUGCUGGUGGUCAGCAGUAAAAGAUGAAGUGUGGCCUUGGGCUCCUAUCUCCAGUGAAAGAGAGAGAGCAAAUUUACUGUUCCUGAAACUUGAACAUGGCAACUUGGAGGUUCUGAGUUAUAUACGUACCACUGGGGACCCACUUGAUGUCACCUUCAGCGUGUCUCAGCCUUAUCAGAUACACAGUGUAGAACAAUAUUUCACUGAAGAUCAAGAGCCCAUAGCUGACAGCUGUAUCUACGAGUGUGUGGGAAAUAAAGUUCAGUGUGUGGCAGUCACCAAAAUACCACUAAUAUCAAAAGCCAUCAGCUGCUGCAGAAACAGUACUGAAGACAAACUUGUUGUGGGAUGUGAUGAUUCUUCAAUUGUUUUAUAUGAAGCUUACCGCCAAGUUACUCUGUCAGCACAAACAGAACUAGUGCCGGAAUUAUUGUGUUGCCACCCCAGAGGAGCCAUCAUAGUGGUUGGCCAUUCACAAGGGGAGAUACAAGUGUUUGACAUGGCCCUGUCUCCAAUUAAAAUGCAGCUCUUAGCUGAAGACCUCUCACCAAAAUCAACACUGCCAUUUAGUAAGCAUUUCAACGUCUCAAGCAGUCUCUCCCAGAUCCAGUGGGCUGCCCCUCGAACGUCAUAUCAAAGUAUGGCUGAUACCGAUAUCCAUGACCUUCUGUUGCUGAGAUUUGACCAAGGACCUGUUGGUGUACUUCAUUUUAAAACUGGUGUCAUCUCAAGAGGCCAGCUCGGCCUUGUAGAAAUAAUCCAGGAAUACAUUCAUCAGGAUGAGAUCUAUGACGCAAUUAAUAUUUUGAGUGGCAUGAACUGGAACACAAUGGGUCAUCAGUGCUAUGUAAGCCUAAGUGCUAUAGUAAACUACCUGCUCAGACAGAAGCUGACACCUACAACCGAAGAGCAACCCAGAGAGUCUUUUCAUUUGGAAUGAUGUACUGGUUUAUCUGUGAGAUCUUCAUUUCUGCCGUCAACAUCAAGCUGGGCUAUCUAAUGAAUCUGUAACUGUGCUGGUAUUCCAUGUAGGCUGGAGCAUUUUAGAACCCUGAAAUGCGCUGUAAGAAAAAC